GCAGAGUUCGGGACGCGCGGUGUGGACGCGUAGCUCUUAUUUUGUUAUUCAUGAGUAGAGUAAACUUUAUAGAAACAUAGAACUAAAGUAAACUACAUCAGAAGCGCCGAAACAAUCGAACUGGAUAACUCUGAAGUUUUUCUAAAGGAGUUUGGAUCACUUACAGCACUGAGCAGAGAUCUGGAGGAAUAGACGCGCUGGCAGCUACUUGUGAAGUCUCGAGCGCUGAACAUGCCCUAAAACGAGUCAAUGAUUCAAUAAUUGAUGAGAGUCACUGUACUGCACUGGGAGAUUCAUCACGCAAAGGGAUUUACAGUGGUGUUGUAUAUGUAAAGCUGAGCCCUGCCAAUCCCCUGUGGCUGGAUUUCUAUACUUGUCAGACGUACCCGUGACUCCUGAGAAGAUGGCGACAGUGGGCACACUGUCAGAGGCCUCUGAGGGCGGAGACAACAACGAAUUCACUGAUAUCAUCAGAUGGAGAUCAGAUGAGCAUGAUGCUGUACAGAAGAAAACCUUCACGAAGUGGAUCAAUGCUCAGUUCUCAAAGACGGGAAAGACUCCUAUUAAAGACAUGUUCUCUGACCUGAGAGAUGGACGAAAACUGCUCGAUCUGCUGGAGGGACUGACUGCAGCUACACUGACCAAAGAGCGUGGCUCCACCAGAGUUCACUCCCUCAACAACGUCAACAGAGUCUUGCAAGUGCUUCAUCAGAACAGCGUGGAUUUGGUGAAUAUUGGAGGGACUGAUAUUGUUGAUGGGAAUCAUAAACUCACUCUGGGACUCAUCUGGAGUAUCAUACUACAUUGGCAGGUGAAGGAUGUUAUGAAGGAUGUGAUGUCCAGUCUUCAGCAGACCAACAGCGAGAAGAUUCUGCUGAGCUGGGUUAGAAACUGCACCCGUAACUAUGACAACGUCAACGUGCUCAACUUUACCACCAGCUGGGCUGACGGGUUGGCCUUCAAUGCCAUGUUACAUCACUUCAGGCCACAUGGGUUCAGAUGGGAGGAAGUAGUUAAUCUAACACCAGUAGAGCGACUGGAGCAUGCCUUCACAUUCGCCAAAGAUCAACUCAACAUUGAGAGACUGCUGGACCCCGAAGACGUGGCGGUGCAGUUGCCCGAUAAGAAGUCCAUAAUUAUGUAUGUGACAUCAUUUUUUGCUGUGUUUCCCAAUGACAUCACAAUGGAUGACAUCAGAGAGGUUGAGACGCUACCUAGACGCUAUAAGUUGGAGACAGAAGAGGGACAUUCUGGAUUGGCUGGAAAGCCAGAGGAGGCAGGCAGUGCACAGGCAAAUGUGCCCAGCACACUGACAGAGGUGGAGGGAGCGAUGGAGGUGAAUCUGGACACGUAUCAGAUCACGCUGGAGGAGGUUCUCACUUGGCUGCUGUCUGCUGAGGACUCGAUGCACAUGCAGGACGACGUGUCUGAUGAUGUCGAGGAGGUCAAAGAGCAGUUCCACACGCAUGAGGCAUUCAUGAUGGAGUUGACGGCGCACCAGAGCAGUGUGGGCAACGUCUUGCAGGCAGGAAACCAGCUGAUCUCUCAGGGCAACCUCAGUGAGGAAGAGGAGAUGGAGAUCCGAGAGCAGAUGACCCUGCUGAAUGCACGCUGGGAAAGCCUGCGGGUGGCCAGCAUGGAUCGCCAAUCCAGACUUCAUGAAGUUCUCAUGGACCUUCAACAACAGCAGCUCCAGCAGCUCUCUGAUUGGCUGACACAGACCGAGGGGCGGAUCCGUAAAAUGGAAACAGAGCCAAUUGCAGGAGGCAUGGAGGGAUAUGUGUCUCAGAUAGAGCAGCACAAAAUGUUGCAGAAUGAUCUGGAGGUGGAACAGGUGAAGGUGAACUCUCUUACACACAUGGUGGUGGUUGUGGAUGAGAACAGUGGUGAGAGCGCCACCGCUGCCCUGGAAGACCAACUGCAGUCACUGGGAGAGCGCUGGGCGGCUGUGUGUCGCUGGACAGAAGAGCGCUGGAACAAACUUGAGGAAAUUCAGCUGGUGUGGCAGCGACUGCUUGAUGACCAGAGUUUAUUUGGAUCGUGGCUGUCAGAGAAGGAAAAGGCUUUAAGUGAAGCUCAGACCAGUGAUUUCAAAGAUCCCAGUGAAAUAAACGCCAGUGUCCGCAGAUUAGCCAAUCUUAAAGAGGACAUGGCACAGAAGCGAAAGACCCUGAGUGCUCUGUCAGAUGCUGGACAGGAUGUGAUGUAUCUGUUGAACAGUCCAGCCGCAGCUCAGAAGAUCAAGUCUGAAACAGAUGGGCUGACCCAACGUUGGGACAACCUGGUCCAGAAACUGGAGGACUGCUCCAGUCAGGUUACUGAGGCGGUGUCUGUUACCAGGGUGUCCCAGGUACAGGAAAAAUUUGUCAUGGAGACAGUAACGACACGAAUGGAGCAGACUUUCACCAGCAGCGACCAGGAGUUACCGCCACCAGCCCCACCAAAACGGCGACAUCUAGAUACAGAUGGCGAGCUCAGGACACUAGCUGAAACUGAUGUUCCCGAGCUUUUAUCCCAACUGACUGAAUGGAAAUCAUCUGCAUUAGCUGCAAGAGACUCAUCCGAUCUGAAAUACAAACUACAGGCUAUGGAGGCGGGGCUUGCGGAGAGGGAGGGGCCACUGAAAGAGGUGCUGCAGAAAGGAGAAAAGAUGAUUGAACAGUUGGAGAAAGAGUCUCUGUCCACAGAUGAAGCUCAUUCCAGCCUGGACUUAGUAAAUAAGGAAUGGGAGGGCUGUCAGAACGUGAUGCAGGAUCUGAGGAACCGAGCUCAAGUUCUUGAUCGUCUGCCAGCGGUUCUCUCAGGACAGAAGGCUGUAGAUGGAGUUCUUCAGGAGCAGGAGAAAUGGUUGAUCUCCACUGAAGGGUUUAAAGAAAAAGAUGACCAGCAGGACAUGCAGACUCUCAAAAAUGAGUGUGAGUGUCGGAUAGCAGAGCUGAUAAAGCUGCAGCCGCAGGUGGAAGAUCUCUGUGUCCAGGGUGAGCGUCUGACUGCAGGACCUGGUGCUCCUGAUACCAUCAAACCCAGUCUGACAGCGCUGGCAUCACGCCACAGCACAGCUAUUCAAGAGCUCAAGACACGGCAGCAGGACAUCAGUACAGUGUUAACCAGGCUGGUGGGGUCCAGAGCACUGCUGCAAAUGGAGUCCAGACUGUGUGCUAUUAGAGAUGAUGUCAAAGACAUGACCACAGCUGAACAGGCAGUCAUCAAAACUCAGGCUCUUUGCGCAGAGAUCGAUCAACAGAAGCAGGUUUCAGACCCAUCAGAUCAGCUGAGCUGGAUUGAACUCUCUAGUGCUGCCAACGACCAGCUCGGCAUGCUACAGUGUAUUUUGGGCAGCAUGAAGGACACUAAUGUGAAGAGUGAGGACGUUUGCCGCUGGGUAGAUGCAGUUGAGGAACUUCUGUCUCGAGACACCAGUGGCCUCAGUCACGGCGACAAACUACAGGAAGAACUCAACCAGUGCAAGGAGUUUGUUGGUGAGAUGGAGACCGUGGAAUCGUCUCUGAAGCAGAUGGGAGAAAAUGUGGUGGCCGUACAGCAGAGUGCAGUACCAGGACUGACCAGCUGGGGGCAAAAUAAGUUAGAAGAAAGUCAGAGACGCUGGGACACGCUCAGUAAAGAGUUGUUGAUUCGCGAGGAGCGUGCGAAUGAAGGUAAGGAGAAAGUGAUGAACCUGAAGAAAGAUCUGGCAGAGAUGAGAGAGUGGAUGAUUCAAGUGGACGAGGAGCACCUCAUGAGAGACUUUGAGUACAAGAGUCCAGAGGAGCUGGAGGAAGCUUUGCAGGAGAUGAGGAGGGCCAAAGAGGAUGUAUUACAGAAGGAAGUGCGAGUGAAGAUUUUGAAGGACAGCAUUAAUGUGUUUAUGACUAAGCUGCCCCCUGGUGGUCAAGACCUGAGCGGCGAACUCACUGAUGUCCUGAAGAACUACAAUAAACUGUGUGAUCGCUUUAAGAGCAAGUGCCACACACUUGAGGAGGUGUGGUCAUGCUGGAUUGAGCUGUUGCAGUAUCUAGAUGUGGAGUCUGGCUGGUUGAACACACUGGAGGAGAAAGCUCAGGCCACAGAGAACAUCCCAGAAAACACAGAAGCCAUCAGUGAAGCUUUAGAGUCUCUGGAGUCAGUUCUCCGUCAUCCAGGUGAUAACAGGACACAGAUCCGCGAGCUGGCUCAAACUCUGAUUGAUGGAGGGAUUCUGGAUGACCUCAUCAGCGAGAAACUGGAGAAUUUUAACUGCCGCUACGAUGAACUGACUCACCAGGCCUCUGCUCGUCAGAUGUGUCUUGUGCAACAGUUGGGGUCUCUGAGAGAGAAUGAGACGGCCUUACACACAUUACAGACAGCUCUUACACACCUGGACCAGACACUUACCUCUUACCUCACAGACCGCAUUGAUGCCUUCCAGCUGCCACAGGAAGCUCAGGUGAUCCAGGCAGAGAUCACAGCCCAUGAGGCCACGCUGGAGGACCUGAGGAGGAGGAAUGUUGGAAAUGUGCCUAUGACAGCCCAAGAGGGCAAACCAGUGCGAGGUGGCACCCUGCUGGACCAGCUACAGCGUAAACUCCGUGAGAUCAUUACGAAAUUCCAGCUGUUCCAGAAACCUGCUAACUUUGAGCAGCGGAUGCUAGACUGCAAGAGGAUUCUGGAAAAUGCCAAAGCUGAACUUCACAUAAUGGACCUGAGAGACACACAACCGGAGGAGAUACAAGCCCAUCUCAAUGGAUGCAUGAAACUGUAUAAGAUCUUGAGCGAGGUGAAACUGGAGGUGGAGACGGUGAUUAAAACAGGCAGACAGAUUGUACAGAAACAGCAGACGGACAAUCCUAAAGGAAUGGAUGAACAGCUCACAGCACUCAAAUUACUCUACAAUGACUUGGGAGCUCGGGUGACAGAGGGGAAGCAGGAUUUGGAAAAGGCUCUGUCUCUGUCUCAGCGGCUGAAGAAGGACAGUGCCGCCCUGCAGGCCUGGAUGAACCACACUGACACUCAACUCAAAGAGAAACUCAACACAGGGGAUAUGCCCGCUGAUGUCGAUGCAGAGAUCACAUGGGCCAAUGGUGUGUUGAAGGAGUCUGAACGUAAGAAGAAUGAUCUGUCUGCGCUCAUGGAGAACAGCGCCGCCCUGCAGGCGUUAGUGGAGGGCAGUGAAGCUCAGCUGGAGGAUCAGCUGUUUGAACUGAAUGAGGAUUGGGAGCGUGUGAACACUGUGGUAGAAGACUGGCUCAGUGCUGUUCUGAAUCACAGACGGGAGGUGGAGAUGUUUGAUGAGAAUUUGGCUCAUAUCAGCACGUGGCUCUAUCAGACUGAGAUCCGAUUGGAUGAGAUGGAGAAGAUGCCUGCGGCCGAGAGAGACAGAAUGAUGAAGGCUGUGUUGUGUGAGUUGGAUGGUAUGAGUGUGCGCGUGGACAACGCUCGUGAUCAGGCAGUAAUAUUAAUGACCAGUAGAGGGUCUGCGUGCAGAGAGCUAGUGGAACCCAAACUGGCUGACAUCAACCACAACUUCCACAAGGUGGCGCAGCACAUCAGCUCUGCUCAGGUGUCGGCCGGUCUCGAAAUCAAACAGGAGGUGGUACGUCCACAGCAGGAAGGGUCAGAUGAGUGGUCUGCUCCUCAUGUCUCCGCUCAGCUACAGCUAUUUGAAUCCGACCUACAAACUGCUCUCAAAGCACUGGAGCAACCGGGCCAUACACACAUACCUGAUGAUGAGAGGUUGGAUGAGGAGAAAGCUCAUGUUGAGGAGGUGUUGAGGAGAGGAGAGGAGAUGCUGAUGUCUGUUCCUGAUGAGAAAAGAACAGAAGACAUCUGCAGGAGACUCAUGUUGCUCCAAACACGCUACAAGGAGCUGAAUAUUGUCAGAACUCAACCAGUUGUUGAAGUUGCCAUUGACUCAACAUCAUCUCCACAGAGAGAAGACUCAUCCCUCUCUCCUCCAGAUGAGAUGAGUGCUUCUCUCUCUCCGUCUGACUAUCUUCUGGACAUUAAUAAGGUUUUACUGGCCAUGGCUGACAACGAGCUGCUUCUGAACUCCUCAGAGCUGAGCGGAGGGCUGUUUGAAGACUUUUCCAGUCAAGAGGACAUGCUGAAGAGUAUAAAGGAGAGUUUGGAGCAACUGGGCGAGCAGGUUGAGGCGAUUAAUGAGCGUCAACCCGACGUGAUUCCUGAAGCUUCCAGACAAGAAAUGGCCCAGCUAUCUGAUGCCCUGACACAACUGAACUCAGAGUGGGAUAGAGUCAACCGCAUGUACAGCCAGAGAAAAGGGUGUUUUGAUCAAGCUGCGGAUGAGUGGAGGCAGUUUCACUGUGACAUGAACGGUCUUUCACAGUGGCUGAGGGAGACGGAACAGAUCCUGGCGGACGGAAUCAGACCGGAAGGAGAACUGGACCUGGAACGGACCCGUGCACAGCAACAGGAUCUGGAAGAGGGAUUGGCUUCUCAUCAGUCUGUUUUGGUGGCUUUGAGCCGGUCUGAAGAACACAUCAUCAGUCAGCUCUCGUCUCCUGUUGGUGCUCUACUACAGGAGAAACUGGAUACACUGAGACACCGCUGGACAAACGUCCAGAGACAAGUGUCUGACCGCAAGCACAGGUUGAUGGGUGAUGAUCCAGAUGUUAUGGAUGUCAUUCAGCGUUCUGCUGAUCUGGCUCAGUGGGUGGAUCAGAUGGAGGUUGCCGUGGCAACAUUACCUGUCUCUGCUACUGACAGUAACCUCAGAGAGCUCAAGGCUCUGACAGAGGAAAUGGAUGGUCAAAAUGAGAUGUUAUCAUGGCUGAAUAAGGCUGGCUUUAAGAUCUUGUCAAACUCCAGUCUGAGUUCCAAAGACAAAGACACUCAUGUGAAUAAACUACGACAGAUAAACAUCAGCUGGAGUAAUAUGAGCCGUGAGUUGCUGGAUAAGGUGCGUGAGGUGGAGGGGCGUCUGCAGACACACACACAGGUCCAGGACGAGAGCAGGCUGACAUCAUACGGGCAGUUUCAGGAUCGCAUGAACAGACUGGGUGACUGGGUUUAUAUCUCCAGCCAGUCACUGAGUGAACUCACACCAACUGAGGCACAGGUUCUGGAGAUGUCCAUGCAAGAGCAGAAGCGAGAGUUGGAGGAGUUGUUGUCCUAUUCCAUCGAGCUCCAGAGGAAACAGCUGCUGUUACCUCAGGAAAAGAGUAAAAUUGAACAGCUUGCAGUUGAUUGGAAGGUUCUGGACAUCAAAUUGAAGGAGACACAACAAAAGUCUCUGUCACCAUGGACACAACAAGUCACCCAGCAGCAAUUUACAGUGAGCGCGCCCUCUGCAGUUCACAUGGUCAGCCUGAUGAGCGAAGAGCGACAUCACACUUCAGAGCUGGUGGGCCCAACCGAUCUCAACCAGACAGCCACAGAGCUGGCCGACUGGCUCCUGCUUAUUCACCAGAUGCUCAAGUCCAACAUCGUUACUGUGGGAGACAAAGAUGAGAUCCACACCACCAUCGGCCGCCUUCAGGUGACUAAAAGUGAUCUAGAGCAGAGACAUCCUCAACUGGAGGACAUCAUCACACUAGCUCAGAACAUCAAGAACAAAACCUCCAACCUAGAUGUGCGCACCUCCAUCUCAGAGAAACAGGAGAAAGUGCGUAGCCAAUGGGACAGCACACAGCAUGGUGUGGAGGCUCGACUUCAGCAGCUGGAUCGCAUGAUUGGCCACAGCGAUCAGUGGGAGGAGCAGAGACGUAAGGUGAAGGCUCUGAUUGAUCAAAACGACAUGCAGUUGCAUAAACUGCUGCAGCUGAGCCGAGAGCCGCUGACCAAACAGAUCAAUGACAACAAGGUCUUCCUGCAGGACCUCAGUCGAGGACAGGAGAGUGUGACCUCCUUUAACGAACUGUCCAAUCAGCUGCUGCAGGAAUAUGCAGCCGAUGACACACGCAAGGUCAAAGAGGUCAUGGACAAACUCAACACUUCGUGGAAUGGUGUCAAUAACAGGGCGUCGGACCGCCAGACGGCUUUGGAGUCAGACCUGAAGACUCUGCAGGUGUCCCUCCGGGAACUCGAGUCGUUCCUGAAGUGGCUGCAAGAGGCAGAGACAACCCUCAAUGUGCUAUCUGAUGCUGCCCAGAGGGAGGGGCUCUCCCAGGACUCCGCCCACAUCAAGGAACUGAAAGGCCAGCUGGGGGACAUCCAGGCAGAGAUCGAGGCUCAUAAUGAUGUGUUCAGGGGUGUGGAGGGAAAUAAGCUGAAAAUGGUGAAAGCUCUGGGCAGCUCAGAGGAGGCAGGGUUUCUACAGCAUAGACUCGACGACAUGAACCAGCGCUGGAACGACCUCAAAGCCAAAUCAGCCAACAUUCGGGCUCACCUGGAGGCCAGUGCAGAGCGUUGGAACCGGCUGUUGUCAGUGCUGGAAGAGUUGAGCCGCUGGAUCAGUGUGAAAGAUGAAGAGCUGAACAAACAGAUGCCCAUCGGAGGAGACGUACCCACAUUACUGCAACAACACACACACUGCACGGCGCUGAGGGCAGAGCUGAAGGAGCGUGAGCAUGUCGUCCUCAGCACAUUAGACCAGGCUCACAUGUUUCUGGCUGAGCAGCCAAUCGAAGGGCCCGAAGAGCCACGCAAGAACCUGCUGCCCAAAACAGACCUGACUCCAGAGGAGAAGGCCCAGCGAGUGGCUAAGGCAAUUCGUAAGCAGACAGCUGAAGUUGGUGAGCGCUGGGAGAGGCUAAUGGGACAUGCUGACACCUGGCAGGAGCAGGUGGAGAGAGCUCUAGAUAAACUGCAGGACUUCCAGAGCUCCAUGGACCAGCUGGACCUGCAUCUAGCUCAGGCAGAGGAACUCAAAGCAGGCUGGCAACCUGUGGGAGACCUUCUCAUAGACUCCCUUGAGGAUCACAUUGAUAAGACAACGGCUUUCAGAGAGGAAAUCUCUCCAAUGAAACAAGAUGUUCGAGCUGUGAAUGAUCUUGCAAGUCAGCUGAAUCCACUGGAUGUCCAACUGUCCUCCACCACCAACCGCCAGUUAGACAACCUCAACAUGCGAUGGAAACUUCUGCAGGCGGCUGUAGAGGACAGGUUGAAGCUCUUGCGGGAAGCACACAGAGAUUUCGGUCCCUCCUCUCAACACUUCUUAUCCACAUCAGUCCAGUUGCCCUGGCAGAGAGCAGUGUCCCAGAAUAAAGUGCCCUACUAUAUCAAUCAUCAGAAUCAGUCAACAUGCUGGGACCAUCCCAAGAUGACCGAACUGUAUCAUUCACUCUCUGACCUCAACAAUGUGCGAUUUUCCGCAUAUAGAACUGCCAUGAAGAUCCGCCGCCUACAGAAAGCACUCUGCUUGGAUCUGUUGGAUUUGAGUGUAGCUCAGUCGAUGUUCCAGCAGCAUAAGUUGACAGUGAACUCUCAGCAGAUGACGGUUCCUGAGGUCAUCAACUGUUUGACAUCUGUGUAUGACGGACUGGAGCAGGAACACAAAGACCUGGUCAAUGUCCCACUGUGUGUGGACAUGUGUCUCAACUGGCUGCUCAAUGUCUAUGACACGGGACGCAGUGGAAAGAUCCGAGUACUGUCGAUGAAGAUUGGCCUCCUCUCUCUUUGUAAGGGUCACCUGGAGGAGAAAUAUAAAUGUCUGUUUAAUCAGGUGUCGUCAGCCGGUGAUACGUGUGAUCAGAGGCAGUUGGGUCUGCUGCUCCAUGAUGCCAUUCAGAUCCCCCGACAGCUGGGCGAAGUAGCGGCCUUCGGCGGGAGCAACAUUGAGCCUAGCAUCCGCAGCUGCUUCCAACAUGUGACCAAUAAGGUAGAGCUGGAACCGAGGCACUUCAUUGAUUGGAUGAGGCUGGAGCCUCAGUCUAUGGUGUGGCUUCCUGUCCUGCACAGAGUGGCGGCAGCAGAAACGGCCAAACAUCAGGCCAAGUGCAAUAUUUGUAAAGAGUUCCCCAUCGUCGGCUUCAGAUAUCGCAGUCUGAAGCACUUCAACUAUGAUGUGUGUCAGAGUUGUUUCUUCUCUGGUCGGACUGCAAAGGGACAUAAACUGAACUACCCCAUGGUGGAGUACUGCACACCUACCACCUCAGGAGAAGACAUGCGAGAUUUUACCAAAGUGUUAAAAAACAAGUUUCGCUCUAAGAAAUAUUUUGCCAAGCACCCACGCCUGGGUUACCUGCCCGUCCAGACGGUCCUAGAAGGAGACAACAUGGAAACUCCGGUCACUCUGAUCAGCAUGUGUCCGGAGCAGUAUGAGCUGUCCCCAUCUCCUCAACUCCCUCAUGACGACACACACUCACGGAUUGAGCAGUACGCCAGCAGGUUGGCACAGAUGGAGCGUUCAAAUGGAUCUCUGCCAACAGACAGCAGCUCAGCCACUGGAAGCAUGGAUGAGGAACAUGCUCUAAUCCUGCAGUACUGUCAGACUUUGGGAGGGGAGGUCUCAUCCUUCAGCCAGCCCCAAAGCCCUGUCCAAAUCCCCAGGAGCACCACCCCUAAUGUUCAUAGCCCUUCCUACCUGCUUCAGAGCCCUACCCAGAUUCUGCAGGCAGUGGAGAGGGAGGAGCGAGGAGAGCUGGAGCGAAUCAUAGCACGACUUGAGGAAGAGCAGCGGACCCUACAGAGAGAGUAUGAGCAGUUGCAGAAGCAGCACGGUCAGCCUAGCACAGGGGCUGUUAGAGGGGCCUCUGAGGAAGCUGAUCUGUUAGCCGAAGCUAAACUCCUGCGACAGCACAAGGGACGACUGGAGGCCCGCAUGCAGAUACUAGAGGAUCAUAACAAACAGCUGGAGUCCCAGCUCUACCGACUACGCCAACUAUUGCAUCAGCCUGACUUAAAUGGCAUGUCAUCAUCCAGCUCUCUCCAUCAGGAUGCAGCAGGACAAACCGAACUCCCAGAUGAGUGUUUUAACAGUAGCUCUGAACUGGCUGAAGUUAUGGAACAAAUUAACCACAGUUUUCCUGCAUGCUCUUCUUCAAGUGUGUUGUCAAGACCCAAGGUGGUGUGAGAGUUGUCAGCAGAACAGCCCUUUGGAGAGCGCUGUCUAACUCAACAAGAUUCCCAGCUGUUCCCUAGACAGACAUGGACCCAAAGACUCUGGAACAGGACCACAUAAUUCAUUUAAAUGGCUAUUACUACUGCGUCUGUCUGUACUAUGCAAUUGUACAUUUGAUUAACAUGUAGAUUGUAUGUGAGGUGUAUUUGCCUAUUGUUUUAAUACUCUGAUGAUUAUUUGGGGUUAUGGGGGCCAUUUAUCGUGUAACCUCUAUGCUUUUAUUUUUGCCUUCACCAGGAACCAAACUACUACAUAUUUCACAAGCAACUCAUAUCACCCCAAUAUCCAUUGGCACAUGUUGUGUUUCUACAGACGUGGUUGGUUACUAGUUUAAUCAGAAAUCUUAGUAAACAAUUAGUUUGAAGACUAAUCACGUUUUUGCAUCUCAAAACAGUCUCAAAACCGCAUGUUGCCCUAACAUUGUUCCGUUAUAGUUCUAGCCUAUUUUGACACAGUUUGCCAUAAAUGGUCACCCUUUAAAGCAUUUUGACAUUCCAAACCUCACGGCUUUUCUAGAAUGCACGCACAGAUGUUUUACACAAAUGCAUACAAAACACCCUUUUGUGCCUAUAAAGCAUCCAUUCCAGGAGAGAAUAGAAGGCGAUAGAGACCGUAAUCCUCAAGAUCAUUUUGAAAGAUUAUAUUAUAUAUUUAAAAAAAAAGGACAAAUGUGGUAAACAUGGAUUUUCAGAAUGCUUGGCCCAAGAUGAUUUAUCAUUGUGUAGUAUAGUUUUAUAAGUAAAUGUUUAAAAAAAAAAAACUUUAGAAGAAAGCCAUGAUUGCCUUGCUACCUCAGACUUGAUCAAUCAUUCAUUCAUUCGUUUGGCGUGAUCUGUACCGUUGUUUUUUGCAUUAGUGUUGCAGUACAAUCCCUGUGCGUGACUGUCGAUUGUCCCAAACAAAUACAUUGUUCCAGCAGUUGUUCCACAAAAUUGCACCUUAUGUUAGUAAGAUGCCCUAAUGACUAGGUUGUGCUUUUCCCUUAAUUUCCCAGCGGUCAUCUCACUUUUCUACAUGGUGUAUUUGUGGUGUGCUACCUUUGGUGAGGCAUUAGAUCUUAACAUGACUAUAACAACUGACAAACAUUUGAAGUUGAUUCUGAACUAGUAAAGUCUCACUGUCACCAAUGCUGUGCUGUUCUGACCCGAGAUUAGUCCAAUUAGACCAACCACACUACAUGUAAUGAGGUUCCAUUUGUUUUAUUUUAAAUAAAGUUUUUAU